GCACCCACACACACACACACACGUGAGAAAACAACCCAAAACACACAGCUUAGACGAGAUGGACUUUACGGAGGUCCCGCCGACUCACGAAGUUCAAGGUAAGAAGAAGAAGAGCAAGAACCCAAAGAAGAAGAGUGUGAGUCCGAAUGGAGACGGAGAGAGCAGCAAAGUGGAGGAGAAAGAGGAGGAGAAGAUGCAGAAGGGCGACUCGGCGUCUGCGUUCCCCCCCACCUUCAGUGUUUCCGAAAUCAAGAACAAACAGCGAAGACAUGUCAUGUUCAUGAAAUUCAAGCAGGAGAAAAGACAGCAAAAGCUGCAGCUGAAAAAAAAGAAAAAGAAAGAAAGAGAAGCCCUGGGUGACAAAGCACCACCGAAGGAAGUCCCCAAGACCAUAGAGAACCAGCGAGUGUAUGACGAGACAACAGUGGACCCAGAAGACGAGGAGGUUGCGUUCGACGAGGGAACUGACGAAUUCUCUGCCUACUUCAACGGACUGACCAACCCCAAAGUGCUCAUCACCACGUCGGACAGGCCCCGAGGGAGGACGGUGAGGUUCUGCGAGCAGCUGGCCACCGUCAUCCCCAACGCCCACGUGUACUACAGGAAGGGCCUGGCCCUGAAGAGGAUCAUCCCACAGUGCGUGGCCAGGGACUUCACCUACCUCAUGGUCGUCAACGAGGACCGCCAAGUGCCCAACGGUCUGGUUCUCUGUCACCUUCCCGACGGGCCGACUGCGCACUUCAAAGUCAGCAAUGUUCGACUACGCAAAGAGAUAAAGAGACGGGGUAAGGAGCCGUCCGAGCACUCUCCCGAGGUGAUUCUCAAUAACUUCUCCACCCGUCUGGGGCACUCCAUCGGCCGGCUCUUUGCGGCUCUCUUCCCCCAAAACCCGCAGUUCGUGGGCCGGCAGGUGGUCACCUUCCACAACCAGAGAGACUUCAUCUUUUUCAGAUUCCACAGGUAUAUCUUCAAAAAUGAGAAGAAAGUUGGGAUUCAGGAGCUGGGACCACGCUUCACCCUGAAACUCAGAUCUCUACAGAAAGGCACCUUCGACUCCAAGUUUGGAGAGUACGAAUGGGUGCUGAAGCGCCACGAGAUGGAUGCCUGCAGACGGAAGUUCCAGCUCUAAAACCCUUCCUUGUUGUCAUCCAGUAUCCAUCUAUUCGUUGUGGACUUGCACAUAUUCACUUCCUGAAAUGAAAAUCUCUGGAAGCAUUUACUUUUUUCAAUGUUUUUUUUUUUUUAAACCUUUACUGGAUUAGAGAUGAUACAUUUUACAUUUUCUUCUGGAAACGUCUUUACAUAAAUAUAUGUCCACAGUGAUCCUCUCGCUCCACCCUUUAUGUUGAACUCAGCAGGAACCUAAAGGUU